AUGACUGUUACUACACCCGAAAUUUCUUGCACUGAUACUGCAACCGAAGUUUUUAGCGUUGGUACUGAUAUAUUUGCCACUUAUAUGCCUGUAAUCGGUACAGUGAAACUACUAGUUGGAGAAAUUUAUCAAAUUUACGAGAAUGCAGAAUGUAACAGAGAUCUUUGCCUCAUUAUGGUUGAUCGAGUAAAAGCAGCAGAAUGUUCUAUGGAUAAAAUAGUUAGAAGCAUAGAAAACAAAAAGGAUGAUUUUCGUAAUAAAUCAUAUUAUAAAGCUUUUGAAAGAUUUAAAAAUACUUUAACAAAGAUUAAAGAAUAUACUAAGAAAGUAUCAAAACUUAAAGGUUAUAAAAGAUUUCUUCAUGCAACUGAUGUUAAAAAUGGAUUUAAUCAAUUAAGAGAUGAAUUUGAUAGAUGUAUGUCCGAUCUGAACUUUGCGAUCGAUGUUUCUAGUGCAAUUGAAUCUGAAAGAGUUAAUAAAUCUUUAGAAGAAGUUGAUGAAGUAAGUUUAGUUAUUUGA